AUGGCAUAUUGUGGUUAUAUGAAUGCAGUACGAACGUGGCAAUUAAGGACUGUUGUUGACAACCACACUUGUAGUAGAGAGCACAAAGUCAAAUUACUUAAUUCCAAAUGGCUGAGUAAGAGGUUGGAGAAAACCGUGAGAGAAAAUCCCAAAGUCAAGGUAGGGGAAAUUCGUGACAAGAUAAGUAGAAAGUGGAAUGUUGGUGUAUCUAGAUCCAUGGCUUUUAGAGCAAAGUCCAUUGCUUCAGACCAUGUUGAUGGGUGUUUCAAAGAACAAUAUAAAAGGAACUAUGAUUAUGCGAAUGAGCUCUCAGUUCGUAAUCCUGGAUCCACAGUAAAGGUGGAAGUGGAAGAGAAUGUCGAUGGCCAUAUUUUCAAGAUGUUCUAUGUUUGUCUUAAGGCCUGCAAGGACAGUUUUGUGUCCUGCAGGCCAAUUAUAGGGCUAGAUGGUGCUUUUUUAAAAGGUAAAUAUGGUGGUGAAUUGCUAACUGCUAUUGCGAGAGACGCAAAUGACCAGAUGCUACCUCUAGCAUAUGCCAUUGUGGAAGUAGAGAAUAAAGAAACAUGGAAAUGGUUUCUGGAACUUGUGGAUGAAGACAUUGGUGGGGAGGCAGUACAUGUAUCAUUGACAUUCAUAUCAGAUCAACAAAAGGGCUUAAUGCAAGCUUUUGAAGAAGUGCUCCCUAGAGUUGAUCAUUGGUUCUGUGUUAGGCACCUUUACGCAAAUUUUAGGAAAAAAUUCCCUUCAAAGCAGCUAAAGCGGAUGAUGUGGAAGGCAGCUACAACAACUCAUCCACAAGCCUGGGAAACCGAAAUGAGAAAAUUAAAGGAAGUGAAUCUCGAGGCCUUCCAAUACCUUAUAAAAAUUCCUCCCAGGUUUACCACCACUGCUAAGUGUGAUACUUUGGUAAACAACAUGUCAGAGGCAUUCAAUAGUGUAUUGCUGCAUACAAGGUCAAAGCCAAUCAUAACCAUGUUGGAGGAUAUCCGCCUUUACUUGAUGAACAGAUGGGCAACAAACCGAACAAAAAUAGCCUCAUUGUCUGGGCUGUUUGAAGUUCGUCAUGUGUCCCAAGCUGGCAACAAGUUUAUAGUUGAUAUAGACAAAGUUGAAUGCACAUGCAGAAAAUGGGCUAUCUCGGGCAUUCCAUGUUGUCAUGCAUUGGCUGUUAUGAAGUUUCUGAAUUUAGAUGCAGAUGACUUCAUCCCUGUUUGUUUUAGGAAGUCAACAUACGAAGAAAUGUACUCUUCCAUUGUGUAUCCAAUUAAUGGUCAGAAUAUGUGGGAAAUUACCCCAUAUAAUGAUGUGCUCCCUCCAAAAAAGAGAAUAUUGCCAGGGAGGCCCAAGAAGAAAAGAAGGUUGUAG